UGUGGAGUCUGUCCAUAGAGUCUGACUCGGAGUGAUCCAUCUUGUUAAUAGACCAUCUUCGCUCGGCUCCUGUACAGCUCUCAUGCCUGCUGUGGAGUCUGACUCCGGGAGGAUGGAUGGUGUGUCGUUGGGUCUGGUGGCCACACCGGCCUCGCCACGUCCAAACUGCGCCACAGACCUGGAGGAGGACGCCAUGAAUGAAGGGAUGCUCACCUACAACCAGACGCACAUGAGGAAGGCUUUCCAGUUCAUGAAUGACCUGAGGAGUAAAAAGAUGCUCUGUGAUGUCCAGCUGGUGGCGGGGAGAGUGGAGGUGCCAGCUCAUCGGGUGGUCCUAGCGUCCUGUAGCCCUUACUUCUGUGCCAUGUUUACAGGUGAUAUGACUGAGAGCAAAGCCCAACAGGUGGAGAUCAGAGAGGUGGACGGACAGACGCUGAGAAAGCUGGUGGACUACAUCUACACGGCUGAGAUCGAAGUGACAGAAGACAAUGUGCAGGUUCUGUUGCCAGCAGCCAGCCUCCUCCAGCUGAUGGAUGUUCGUCAGGUCUGCUGUGAGUUCCUUCAGUCUCAGCUUCACCCCACCAACUGUCUGGGCAUCCGGGCCUUCGCCGACCUCCACACGUGCACGCAGCUUCUCAACCAGUCCCACGCAUAUGCUGAGCAGCAUUUCUCUGAGGUGGUGCAAGGAGAGGAGUUUCUGGGGCUUUCUCUGCAGCAGGUGUGCAGCCUCAUCGCCAGUGACAAACUCACCGUUACCACAGAGGAGAAGGUUUUUGAGGCCAUGAUUUCCUGGAUCAAGAACGACAAGCCGGCUCGCCUGGAGCACAUGCCCAAACUGAUGGAGCACGUCAGGCUUCCUCUGCUGUCCAGGGAUUACCUAGUGCAGAUUGUGGAGGAGGAGGCUUUGAUAAAGAACAACAACACCUGUAAAGAUUUCCUCAUAGAAGCGAUGAAGUAUCACCUUCUGCCUGCUGACCAGCGGCACCUCAUAAAGACGGACAGGACCCGACCGAGGACUCCGAUCAGCAUCCCAAAAGUCAUGAUCGUUGUGGGUGGUCAGGCUCCUAAAGCAAUUCGCAGUGUGGAGUGUUACGACUUCCAGGAGGAUCGAUGGUACCAAGUAGCUGACCUGCCAUCAAGACGCUGUCGAGCAGGUGUGGUUUCCAUGGGGGGCCGUGUGUAUGCAGUCGGGGGGUUCAACAGUUCCCUGCGGGAGCGAACGGUGGACGUGUAUGACAGUGGGAGAGACCAGUGGACUGCGGUGUCGAGCAUGCAGGAGAGACGCAGCACUCUGGGAGCUGCUGUGUUAGCAGAUUUACUUUACGCUGUGGGAGGCUUUAAUGGAAGCAUAGGUCUGUCCACAGUGGAAGCAUACAAUCAUAAAUCCAACGAGUGGUUGUACGUCACCUCCAUGAACACACGGCGCAGCAGCGUGGGGGUCGGGGUGGUCGAUGGGAAGUUGUAUGCAGUGGGAGGUUAUGAUGGAGCGUCUCGUCAGUGUCUCAGCACAGUGGAGGAGUACGACCCUGUCGCUGAUCAGUGGUGUUAUGUAGCUGACAUGAGCACACGGCGUAGUGGAGCAGGUGUAGGUGUGUUGGGCGGUCAGCUGUACGCAGCAGGAGGACACGACGGCCCUCUGGUGAGGAAGAGUGUAGAGGUGUACGAACCACAGACCAACAGCUGGAGACCGGUCUGUGACAUGAACAUGUGCAGAAGAAACGCAGGUGUGUGUGCCAUUAACGGGCUGCUCUACGUGAUCGGAGGAGACGACGGCUCUUGUAACCUCUCCUCUGUCGAAUAUUACAACCCAGCCACGGACAAGUGGAGCCUCAUUCCUACCAACAUGAGCAACGGACGCAGCUAUGCCGGAGUCGCAGUGAUUGACAAGCCGUUAUGACCCGCAGUCUCUCACAGGGUCGGCUAUGUGCCGGCAGCUGAUGUCACAGAGACUCACACUGACGUCUGAAGCUCUACAAGCACACGGAGGAGUGACGCAGGAGAUGGAUUCUCUCCUCCACCCUCAGCUGAUGUAAAAAUCUGGAUGAAUCUGGAGUUUUGGGCAUCGAACCACAAACUGAUUCUGCUGUGAUGUCCAAGACAUUUCUACUUGUGAGGGUCUGACUUUUUAAGGAAACCGUUGCACUGCGUUUAGAAGCAAUACCCACAAAGUAAAGUGGGCUUAUAAGAGACUUUGUCUUGGUUUUAAUUACCAAGCACACAACAAGCAGCUGUAUCAGCUGACGUAGGACUCACGGACUGAAGGACUGAUGAAGAGGGGCCAAAUGGAGACUUUUAUCUACUGCACUUCAUGGGAGCCAUUUUUCUUAACUUUCAUCAUAUUUCCCUCGAAGUCAAAUCAGCGUAAAGCAGCGGUGUCGACUGAUUUUGUUUCAUGCAGACUUUCAGAUGAUCGAAGUGAUCACUGAAAUGAAAUCUCGCCUUCCAGAGAGCUGUAAGGAGCGUCUCCUCUCUCAACACGGAGACCUGGACCCAGGGAGCAACAGACGGUCAUAAGAAUGUACAAAAUGUCUUUAUAUGCAAAUCAGAUAUCAUAUUUAAUAUUUUAGAGAUGUUUUUAAAACUGUGGGGAACCACUGUGGUGGCCGUACACUCAGGCUGGUUGAUCCAACUCGACACAGUCAGACUCCAUUCUGUCGUCGACACACUACUGAUGCACUGAUCGCUUGCACUGACCGAGAGGACGCCUGUCCGUCUUUCUAACUGAUCUCUGCUGUCUCUUCCUGAUCGCACAAAUCGGAGCAUUUAAAACACUUUGAGGCUAAAAGUGUCAUCCCGAAUUGUAUAAAAGUGCCAGAUAGACGUCUUUCUCUCUUAUUUACUAACUGAAAGAUGAUUUUUUUUUUGUUUACUGUCAAAGUGAGUGUGUCAAACUGUGCUGUAGAAAUCCACCUGUGAAGUCAUACUGUAAAAGAAGCAGGUUAAAGGUUUUCUAUUUAUUGUUUUUGGAGGAUUGAUUUCACAUUUAUUCAAAUCAUUUCAUUUUACACUCGUGCUCUCCUCUCGUUCAGUCAGAUGACGGAGGAUUUUCUUUAGGUGUAGUUUUGACUGACUGGUGCCAUAGCUUUGAAGUAAAGAGAUUUAUAGAUUUAUGAAAGGUGUUGACCUCGUGCUUCUUGACUCUAAUCUUCCAGGAAUGAUGAAAUAACUGGAAGCUUUCGGCUGUAACAACAAAAAGGACAUAAAAGAUCUUAAAGGAC